UUAACUCUUUCAGUUUGUACAUGGUAGGCCUGAAGUCUUCGGACCGGUAAUUUUUGGAUAGGCAGAUUCUCCCUUCCGAUUUUUACGUACCGCUGCCAAUUUGGUUUUUGUUUAUGAAAAGGCCUGGUUGUUGUACUCUGACGCUGUUUGCUUUGACGUCUGUGGGAGAUUUAAAGAAUUCUUUUCAUAAUGAACGGAUUGGGAAGAGGAAGGCUGAUGGAGGAGAACUUCGACCCAAUGGCAGAGGACUACAAUGACGAGUCUUUCAACUCGUAUUCACAAGGACCUGGGGCUGCUGUCAAGCAAACCUGCCAAGUUGAACGACGAAGGCAAAGGGAACCAACUCCAUAUUUGAAACUUCACGUUAGCAACAUCCCUAAUGCUCUGACAGAAAAAGCAGUGCGAUGUAUAUUUGAGGUUUAUGGCGAGGUCAUUAGUGUUUAUGUACAUAAUCGACCGCCAACUUCCAAAUGGGCAUUUGUAGAAUAUGAACAUAUCGACGAAGCCCAAAGGGCUAUUGCAGGCAUAAACCGCAAACCUCCACACUUCCUGUCAGUGAAGUUUUCAAAAGAAACUUCAGAAAAGGUUGAAAAAGAUUCUGCAGAUUCUUCUAUGGUCACCACGAAUACUUCUUUUGAUAAACAGCCAGAUAAAGUGUUUGUUAAGACACAAUCUGGUCGGGGACGCCUUCCGCCUAUGACUGGGCUGCGUCCAAAGUCGUUUAAAUGCAACAUGACAAAUAUAGAGAAAUACUAUAAUCAAGAACUCCAGCCCGACAAUUACGAUGAAGGCCAGUUCAAUCUGUUCGACGCGCCGGAUUCGGUCACAUUGGCCAAUGAAGCUAUCGCGAUGACUAUCAAUCAUCCCACCAAGCCACAAGGAGUUAUGGGCCGAGGAUUUAGUGCACCUUCGAAUAAUAAAUUCAUUCAUCCUAUGGACACAUAUAGAAUUCCAAAGCGUACUCCAGAGGAAGAACAAAAAAUUAUGGACUAUGUUGAUAAGCAGACUAAAUAUUGCGAGGUGGCUGAAUACCCUCCAGAUAUUGUUUUACCCGUAAACCAUGGGAACUGUCAGUAUUGUCAUAAACCAUCAAUGCAUGUCUGUUCUGUGUGCAAGGCUUGGUACUGCAGUUUUACCUGCAUCAGACUUGACUGGCCCAAGCAUAAACUGGAAUGCACUAUGAAGACGGUGGUGUUUACUCAAGACGGCAACAUGUUAUACAAGAGUGAAGACAUUUCAGAUUUCAUCAACCAAAAGAAUUCAUUUCAGAGAGAAAACAAUUUUGGACGAAACCACCCUGCCAAUCAAAACAAUGAAAAUCGUCGUCAAGAUAACAGGCGCAAUCAGCCGAACGACAUGAAAAGGCAGAGUGCCAACUAUCACCAAAGUAAGAAUCGCAGCAGCCUCAGUGAACACCAGAGCGAUACAGAUAGCACCAGAACGAGUGACAUGGAAGGUAGACAGAACCCAAAUAAUAGUUUUAAGAAGAAAAGUCAAAAUGGCGCUCGAGGAAUGUUUAAGAAUAACCAUCCGAAAACAGCAAACAAACACGGUUUCGGCAAUAGAAACCAACCGGCCGAGCCAACUGUUGUUAUUAAAAAGCCUGACUCAGACAAGGAUGAUUACCAAAAGGCACCAUCACCUGCACAAAAAAAGACCUUACCGAUUCCCACAAAUCUCUUUACUGAGGUGUACAUUUCAAAUAUAGAAGGAUCGACAUAUUGGGUUUACAAGAAAGAGAAUCUCGUAGAACAGGAGAGAAUUACAACUAAAUUGAUGGAAUACUGCAAUGACCCAAAAGUCGUUUCUGAUCCUAACUUGAUGACAAAAUGCUGUGCACCGUUUGCUGGAGCUUGGUACAGAGCGAAGAUUUUGAGCAAAAGUGAUAAAUCUGCAAAAGUCCUCUUUAUCGACUUUGGAAAUGAAUGUGAAAUUCAAUUGAAUGAGAUGAAACGCGUUCCAAAGGAUCUUAUCUCAAUAAAGCCUUUGUCUUUUAAAAUUAAGUUUGUUGAGGGAACACCCAACACGGAAACUUUUGAAGUGGAUCAGCUUAUAAGCAUCAAAGCUGUCAAAAUGGAAAAUGAUCAUUGUGAAGUUCAAAUUAAGGGUGGGCCAGGACCAAAACUAGAGUCUGAAGCAAUUGUUCCUUCUGACGAUGCUUCGUUCAAGAAAAAUCUCCCAAUUUCAUCUGUUAACUUUGUACCUGUUAAAAUAGUAGUGACCGAACAGCCCGAUGAAUAUUGGGUCGUUCUCGAAGACGAUUUCAUAAAUCUGUGCAAGAUUGGCUGUUCACUAAAUGUUCACAGUUCCGUCACUAUCGCCGAGCCAGUACUCAAUGAAACAUACGUUGUUAAAUAUGAUUCAGUAUGGUGUCGGGCUAAAGUUACCAAUCUCAAUCCGCUGACUGUCUUCUACAUAGAUUACGGCAACUCUGAUAUCGUCAAACUAGAAGAACUACAUCCAAUGCCGAUUAACCUUAAGAAUAUUCCACCAAUGGCCAUCAAAAUCAAACUAGCUAAAGGAACUCCUUCUGAAUAUACGGGCCUGGAGAAUACAAACAUCCUCAAUGUGAAAGCAGUUAAAGCAGUGCACAAUGGUAUGGUUAUUGUCCAUGUAGCUGGUGUCAUUUAUCCAGAUCUGUCCGAGGAACCUGAAGCUGCUAUACCAAGGAGGCCAAACAGUGAUCAAACUGUGAAGAAAAGAAUGAACCAUGUAAUUUACCUCACCGAGGAUAAUGCUACAAAUGUCAUGAUUGAAGUGCGUAAAGUAAUGAAUGAAAAUUGCAUCACCGGGUCUAUCGUGUUGAACGUUGAUGAACAUAACAUGAACAUUUUGAAGUACAUGACAAACGACAAAAUACAUAAACUUCUUUCAAAUUCCAAACCGAAUCUCAACUUUAAGCCCUCAUUAGGCGAUGUAGUUAGUGCUAAAAUUGGCCGAGAUUGGUACAGAGGUUACAUUAUGGUGAAGCACCCUGGUAAAAUUAAAGUUGCUUUGACUGAUUACGGGCUUGUCGUAGUCCCAGAUGCACUCUCACCCCUUCCACAAGAGGUCAAGUCGAUUGCAGAAUCAAGUGUGAGAUGUAUAUUUUCAACACCUGUACCAAAAAUGUCAGAACUUAUUGGAGAAAAGUUCAAGCUCUGUAACAUUAAGAAGGAAGUCGGAAAGUUGAUAGGAGAGCUGGACAAAUACGGUAAUGUUGAAAUAUUCCCAUGGGAGCCUCUUGUCGAAGACGCAGGCCUCAAUGCUGUAAAAUUGGCGUCAGGGAGCAAAGUGUACCUUUCUUCUUUCCAUUCCCCGCAUGCGCUUUACGUCCGGUCAGCGGAACACAGCGAUUUGCUCGCACUCAGUGAACUCCUCCAGGAUGUAGCGGGCCAUUGUCAAAAAACGCCCAGUCUUGAUAGAAAACCUUGGUGCGGUGAAUUUCUAUGCUGCAGAUUUUCUGAAGACGGGAAUUACUACCGAGCACAGGUUUUCAGAAAAAUUGGCGACAAAUAUCAAGUCAACUUUGUCGAUUAUGGAAACAUUGAAACAGUUUCACUUCAAGACAUGAAACCAUUGACAGAUUCAUUAAAGGCCGUACCGUCUUUCGCGGUAAAAGUUGGCCUUAAGGGCAUCCCAGGUUCUAUUUUCAACAGGGAUGCCAUUCACAUAUUGAAUGAAAUUGCUUUAAACGAAGUCCCUCUUCACCUCACAUACAGCAAAUCGCUUGGUGAAGUCACAUUAACUAUGGAUACUUUGAAAGACGGUUCUGAAGUCAACGAAAUGAUCCACAAAGCCAUGCUUCCGACAUGGCUGUCGAAGAAUACUAAAAACUACACUGCUCCUUUUAUGGUAACAGACGUAAGACAUGAGAAAUGGGAAAUCGGACAAAAGUUGAAGUUAAUGGUUGUAGUCGCAUCAUCACACAAACAGUUAUUGGUGAUCAAUGAAGAGUCACCUGUGUUUGGGACAAUAAUGACUGUUGUUACUCCAAAAAUAAAUGAAUACUGCAAUCAAGGGGAUGAAGGUGCAUACAACCCACGGCUAAAUGAAAUAUGCUUAGCUAAAUACAAAGAUGAAGAGACAGCGGAUGUGAGCUGGUACAGAGCAAUAUGUACACAGCCUCAAGUCAAUUCGUCGCAUAUAUUCUUCAUCGAUUUCGGCAAUUACGGGGAAGUCUACCACAAAGACAUAAGAAAAAUGCCUCCAGAUUUUAUGGACGAACCAGCCGUAUUGAAAUCAUGUAGAGUUUAUGGUUUAUCUGAUAAUCUUCCGGACAACACAAAAGAAUUGAUCAAAUCAAGCUUAGAGAACAACAGUAUCAGUGCGACCGUUAUCGAAGACUACGAGGAUGGUAGCGGAGUCGUUUUCGUACCUGAGGUCAACAAGAUUUUGCAACAGAACGGCCUGCCACUUAUCAACCCUCAACCCGUUAUCUCGGAGGCAGCCGUGUCAUGAUCUCGUAUCACGUUUUACCAUUACUUUUAUUCUAAUUAUUAAUUUUUUUUUACAUAAAUGUUUUAUAUUUAAUAAAUAUUUGUUUCUAUAGUUGUUGUGGGCUGCUUGCUACAUCACAAAAUUCCGGUAAAGCAGUUCCAAGUUUAACAAUUCAAUUUUUAACAAAUGUUUUAUUUUGUUUUAUAAAAUUGUAAUAAGUUUUUGGUUUCUAAGAACAAAACAAAAGAAUAAUAAUUCAAAAAAUAUAUAUAUAAAAGUUGUUUUGUUCUGUACAUUAUUGAGCAAAAAAAUAUUAACGUUUCUUGGAGAACAUUUUUUUUUUCUUUUUCAUAAUUGUACAAUAAAAUUUUAUAUUGUUUUUAAUUAUUUUUUUUUUAUAUUAACAAAUGUGUUUUUAAGCAUAACAAUAGCAUAGCAAUAAAUUUUUACUGUUCAUUGUUAUAUAUACAUUACAUACUCAACAUUAAUUAUAUUUCUUUGAAAGUACUUUCGUUGCAUUGCUUGUGUAAUGAGUGACUAUCAUUUCUAGUCAUUUACAAAAAGGGUUUUAGGAGGAAGGCAUAUUGAAAUUCGCCUAUCGCCUUGUUGGCGAGAACUAACAAAUGUGUAAUUAUCGAAAACACUAAUUUUAACAUGAUAUAAAUGAAUAAAAAAUUAUUACGUUUUUAAAUUGUGCGAAUAUAUUGUAACGGGAUGACCUGUAGCCCGGUUGGCUAUGAUUAUCGUGAUUUGCUUUUUCGCUAGGUUUGUCUAAAAGAUAAGGCGAGGAUAACUGGAGACUAGCAAUAUAAUUGUGUUUAGUAAAAAAAUAUACUCUGAAUCAGA